AUGUCAACAAAGAACGCAAGUUUAAGAGACCAGCAAAUCGCUAUAGUUACAAUGCUUAAUCUUAAUUCCAAACCCGAACCACCGACCAUGACAACCAUAGAUAGUCUAGACAAUCUUAUGGUUCCAACAUUAAAUUCCGACACUGUUUGGAAGGUGUUAAUAUUUGAUGAAUUUGGUCGAGAUAUAAUUUCGUCAGUUCUCAAAGUUGCUGAUUUACGGGAGAAUGGCAUAACUGUUCACAUGUUAUUAAAGAGUGAUAGACAUUCUAUUACAGAUGUUCCAGCAAUUUACUUUGUAGAGCCAACAUCCGAAAAUAUUCAGAAAAUUAGUGAGGAUUUGGCAAAAAAUCUUUAUGAAUCAUAUUACAUUAAUUUUUUGACGGCCAUCACAAGACCUUUAUUAGAAGAACUUGCUACAUCUACGAUAUCGAAUAACACAUCAAAUCUAAUUUCCCAAAUUUAUGAUCAAUAUUUGAAUUUUAUCGUUUCUGAACCUAAUCUUUUUUCAUUGAAUCAAUCAAACAUAUAUUAUUCUUUGAAUGAUCCUACUGCUGCAGAAACUACUAUCGAACAAGUUAUUGAUCGUACAGUUAGUUCUUUAUUUUCAGUAUUAGUAACUAUGGGUGUAAUACCAAUUAUUCGAUGUCCGAGAGGAAAUGCAGCAGAGAUGAUUGCACAAAAACUUGAUAGUCGUCUACGUGAUCAUAUAUUAAAUUCCCGAAAUAAUUUAUUCACGGAUACUUCGGCAACAUUGAAUUUCCAGAGACCUGUUUUAAUAAUACUUGACAGAAAUAUUGAUUUGGUUCCAAUGUUGAGUCAUUCUUGGACUUAUCAAGCCUUGAUACAUGAUGUUCUGGAUAUGCGAUUAAAUAGAAUUUCCAUAGAAACCGAAGAAAUGGGACGUAAAAAUAAGAAAAGUUAUGAUUUAGAUAGUAAAGAUUUCUUUUGGGAUAAAAAUGCAGCAAGUCCUUUCCCCCAAGUAGCUGAAGAAAUUGACGUGGAACUUAAUCGUUACAAAACUGAUGCAGCAGAAAUCACCAAACUUAGUGGAGUUAAUUCACUUGACGAUGUAGAUCAAGCAGAUUUUUCUCAAAAUACACAAUAUUUAAAAUCGGCUAUUACUGCACUUCCGGAACUUACAGCUCGUAAACAAACGCUUGACAUGCAUAUGAACAUAGCCACAUCUUUAUUACAAGGAAUUAAAGAACGUCAAUUAGAUACUUUUUUUCAGAUGGAAGAAUCCAUUACUCGUCAAAGCAAAUCAACAAUACUGGAUGCUAUUAGAGAUCCUGAGAAAAAAUCACCAGAAGAUAAACUUCGUUUCUUUAUCAUCUAUUAUCUUUCAAUGGAUGAAAUCACAAAAGAAGAUAUGGCAGAAUAUGAAGAGGCUUUACGUUCUUCUGGAUGUGACUUGGCUGCUCUAAAUUAUGUAAAAAAGGCACAUGAAUUCACGAAGAUGACUGUGAUGUCGACGCCUGUAUCACAAAGUUCAGGAUUUGGACAAUCUAGUCAACUUUUCCAAGGAUUUAGUUCUAUAGGAAAUAAGUUGACAGACCGUUUAAAAGAAGGUGGUCUUGGUGGAGGUUUUGAAAAUUUAAUAUCCGGAGUAAAAAAUUUACUUCCCACACGUAAAGAUUUAACAGUAACAAAAAUUGUUGAGUCAAUUAUGGAACCUACUACCAGUAAUACAAAUGAAACGGAUGAUUAUCUUUUUUUUGAUCCAAAGAUGGCUCGAAGUUCAACUGUUAAUAAACAAGCUAGAAAUAGAAUUAGCUUUCAAGAAGGUAUUGUAUUUGUAGUUGGUGGUGGAAAUUAUAUUGAAUAUCAAAAUUUACAAGAAUAUGCCCAACGUCAAGCAGAAAAAAAGAAAAUUAUAUAUGGAUCUACACAAAUAUUAAACGCUCAUUCUUUUCUUCAAGAAUUAACAAAACUUGGAUAA